AUGAAAACGAAGAUCGUGGAGGAGGUUCUAAAGGUGGCCUUGGCGGACGGAUCAACCAGUUCGCGGCCGCUAGAGACCACCCACGCUCGCUUGGCCGUAGGAGGCUAUGGCGAUGACCAGCGCCUGACGGUCUUUCCCCUUGAUCGAUACGAUGUGAUCCUGGGAGAACCCUGGCUGACCCGGAAUAACCCAGCUAUCAACUACCGCACCAACGAGGUCAAACUGGGUGCCGAAUCCCUAAUCGCGGGUGAACCCACAGGCGACGCUGCUGUUCCCUCGGAGCUGAUGUUCAUCUCUGGCAAACAAGCGCGACGUGCGCUACGGCAAGGCGCAGAGGGUUACCUGGCUUGGCUAUCUUCCCCCGACGACAGUUCGUCACAUGGGCCUCGGAAGGAGGUACCUCCGGACAAGCAGCGUGACGUCGAUGAGCUGCUGCACAGAUUCUUGGACGUGUUCCCCGAUGACCUCCCUUCACAGCUUCCCCCUCACAGCUUCCCCCAGAAAGGUCGGUGGACCACGAGAUUGAGGUCGAACAAAACUCAACGCCACCAUCCAAGGCAGCGUACCGACUAUCCAAGCCCGAGAUGGAUGAACUACACAAGCAGCUGA